AUGGACCGCCUCUUGCUGUCCCGCCCCCCGAUGCCCACCCCCGUCCACGGCGCUGCCACGGCCGCAGAUGGCGACCUCCUCGAGCUCGACGUCCUCUGGCCCGCCUCUUCAGCUCCGGGACUCCUCGCCGCGCUUCCCGAUGAUGAGGCUAAGAAGAAGCAGAAGCGCGCGGGCGGCCCUGCCGUCCGAUCCGCCGCGCGCGCCGUCCCGGAGAAGGCCGCGUUGACCCCGUCUUCGGCGGCGAGGUCGGCUCCGGUGCGCAUACCUUCGGAUGCUGCGGCGCGGAGAGGGAGGUGGUCCCACGUCGUCGUCGGCGGCGACGACGGGGACGCCAUGGUCCCGCCGCACGAGAUCGUCGCGCGGCGCGCGGCAGCGCACAGCUCCGUGCUGGAGGGAGCCGGGAGGACGCUCAAGGGCCGCGACCUCCGCCGCGUACGCAACACCGUCCUGCGCCGCACCGGCUUCCUCGACUGA